AUGAUUGAUUUUGAAAUAAUUUCCCUGGUCAUUAAGUUCAUCACCAAAUCCAACAAAUUAUCUAACCCAUCUAUCUUCCUCUCCCAUACACAACAACAACAGGAUAAAAUGGAAACCUACUACGGAUACGUUAAGACACCUCAAGACGCCAUCCUACUUUUCGAAGCAUGCCGAAUGGGUACUCUGUCCCGCAUACAACGAAGGUUGAGCGAAAAGGAAAGAUCCUUAAUUCGCUCGGGUUCGGUGUUUGUGUGGGACGAACGUGAGGCUGGCAUGCGAAGGUGGACCGACGGUAAGAGUUGGUCAGCCAGUCGUGUCAGUGGAAGUUUUUUGACCUACAGGGAGCUGGAGUCAAAGCGCAAAUCAAAUUCUCGCGGUAGCAACAAUCCUCAUGAUCUAUCCAGCGAAGACACCGACUCGAGCGAAUCCUACCACUCCUCCACGAAAAAAUCCAUGUCAUCGUCCACCACGGAACAGUGCAGAUACAAACACGGAGGUCUCGUCAAACAAUCAUUCAGCAUAACCACCACGAACAACCAAAAACUUCAUUUAAUAUGCUACUACACAAAGGCUGACGUCGUCAAUGACAAAUUGCCGAUUCCCACCCACGACGAGAAGUUGAAAAUCAUCCACAUACCCAAAGGAAUGUAUCCCGAGACCUCGAAUGUGGACGGUCCCAUGCAAUUCGAUUCGCAUUCGGCUUGUUCGACACCUUCCAUCUCAUCAUCUCCCUCAACAACUGAAGACGACAUCCCCAACUUCUUCAAUCGUUCCAAUUACUUCCAACACCACGCUGGCGGUAGCACUGCCUCACUACCUGUCUACCCACCUUCCAACUACAUUCAACCCCCGUCGACGGACAACGGUGGCGCCGGUUUUGGUAAUUGCACGCAGCCCAUUAAUAUCCCCAAUGCUACUCCGAGGUUCACUUUCCCGGCCCCUCAACAACUACCUUUCCCGGCGUCCUAUCCUCCACAAUCAUCUUCCCAAUCAAAUGGCUCUCAACUGUUACCUCAAGACAUCCCAUGGGAAAAGAUCGCAAAUACCGAAGAUCAAAGACAGUUGAACGCGAUUUACAUGACCUUGAAGCUUUAA